AUGAAUGUUGGGGGAAAAUUUUCAAGUGGUAUUUUAUUUUUAAAUUUUAAUCAAGAUUACAGUUGUAUUGCAGUUGGAACACCAGAAGGUUAUAAAAUUUUUAACUCAGAUCCAUAUACAUUAUAUUAUACUCAAAACAAUGGAGGCGUUGGAUUGGUAGAGAUGUUAUUUUCAACAAGUCUAGUAUCAAUUGUAGGAUCAGGUGAUAAUAAUACUAGUCAAAGAAGGUUAAUCAUUAAUAAUAUAAAAAACAAUGUACCUAUUUGCGAUUUAAACUUUGUUACAGCAAUUUUAUCAGUUAAAAUGAAUAGAAAAAGAAUUGUUGUAAUUAUGGAAACUAAAAUUCAUAUUUAUGAUAUAAAUAAUAUGAAGUUACUCGAGACUAGAGAAAUCGCGCCAAAUCCAAAAGGUUUAUGUGCACUAUCACCAUCCAAUACAAAUUAUAUAGUUUAUCCAGCCAGUCAAAACAAUGGUAAUAUUUUAGUUAUGGAUAUUUUAACAUUAGAAACAGUCAAUCUUAUUCAAGCACACAAAUCUCAAAUCAGUGCACUAGCAUUAAGCCAAGAUGGCACACUUUUAGCAACAGCAAGUGAUAAAGGUACAGUUAUUCGUGUAUAUACAUUACCCAAUGCAACCAAGUCAUUGUCAUUUAGACGUGGUAGUAUCCCAGCAAUUAUCCACUCUAUGACUUUUUCACUAGACAGUAAAUAUCUUUGUGUUUGCAGUGACACUGGUACUAUUCACAUAUUUAAAAUCGAUUUCAAUAAUAAUAGCAACAAUAGCAAUGGUAAUAACACGAAUGUUAGUAACAGUGGUAGUGGUGGUGUAUAUGGUUUAGCGAAUGGUUUAACAUCAAAAAUGUCAUCUUAUUUACCCGAAGUAAUCUCUCAAGUUUGGGAACCCUCCAGAGAUUUUGCCCGUAUUAAAAUUCCAGCAGGAAUACCCUCAAUUUGUGCUUUAUCUCAAAAUAAUAAAACAGUGAUGGUAUUAACUGCUGACGGACUCUAUUUACAAUUUAAUUUUGAUGAAUCUAUAGGCGGCGAAUUAAAAUUAUCAAAAGAAUUUUCAUUAUUAACUGAUCAACAAGAUGAAUUUUCUGCAAAAAUAUUAUAA